ACCAGUUUAAUACACCUUAUACAAAAGAGGUAGUAAUACUGGGACGUCCAAGUGCAGUGGUUAAAAUCCUGUCAACUUUUUCAAAGGAUUUGUGUUUAAGAAUGUGUAAGAUUUAAAAGAUAUGGAACAUUAAGUCAGCUUUGCGCUGAUGUUAAAGGUAUUUUGGACGCUGCAGUGAUUACGUAAAAAGCAGGUUCAGAAUUAUUUUAGAGUAGAAACAUUUUGAAAUAUCACAAAGUCAGCCAAGCAAAGCUUGUUGAAACACCUGAAUGUAAUUUGUACUCUGUCUGAGUUUUAAAAUAUGGAUCCUGUGAUUUACCAUUGAAUGAUUGAAGACUGAAACACGGACACAGACAAGAUGGCCGCCCUGAAUAGAGGUAGCAUGGUGGAGCGGGUGGACAUACAACUGGAACAUGACAUAGAUGAGCAGUACCAGUAUCAACCAGGGGAGAUCAUCCGAGGACAGAUAGUGGCCCAUCUGGUUCGCAGCACGUUUGUACAGAGCAUUCAUCUGUCUGUGACAGGGGAGGGAGUGUGCACAUGGGAGGACGAAUACGGGGAGACCCAGCAGUCCGUUGAGAACUAUGUCAAUGCAUCCCAGGUUCUGUUUAAGCCGCAACAAGUUCAACGUCUAGACUCAGGGCUUAACAAGUUUCCCUUUGAAUAUCGCCUUCCCGAAAAUAUACCCUCUUCAUUCAUCGGCAAGUAUGGAAGCAUCACGUACAUACUCAAAGCCGUGAUACAAGGUGAACGCCCCAGUGACAAUACCAUAGCAACUGAACCAUUCCUCGUUGCCAGGAAGUCAGUUCUUCCAGACGAGAUCAAUGAAGGUCAGGACAUUCAAAGUGCAAAGACCUACUUUUCAAUGUGUUCGUGGGGAAAAUUGAAGAUGAAAGUGAAUCUGAACAAGACUGGAUUUGUCCCGGGCGAAGACAUUUGCCUGACUGCAGACGUACAAAACCAUAGCCCCUUAAGGGUCACUGCAAUCCAGGGGGCUCUUAUGAUGAACAGCACGUACCACUCCAAGAAAAACAUGGCUACAUUCAAGCAGAUUGUCAAUAAACGACGGGACGAUUACGAACUGGAUGAGGGCGACAGUCGGCGUUGGCAAAACGUGAGGAUUGGAGUACCGCCAUAUAUACCAGAGUCUUUCCUCUCUUGCUGUGACAUCAUAGACCUUUCAUAUGUGUUUCAGUUCAGAGUGGAGCUCGUAGGCGGGAAAGAAUUGAAAGUAGAAAUACCCGUUCUCAUUGGUUCAAACCCAAAAGGACUGGAAAUUCCUGCGGAUUACAUGGAUGACGUUAACAUGAACUGGACAUCAGGGCCACAGAGUUUGUUAAGCCAGCAAAACGGGAAUGAUUCUCGGAACACGGAGAAUAAGUGGGUGAUAGAGUCACCGGAGUUUCGCAAAGACGACACACUCGUUGCCAACCCUUUGUACCAAGGGGAGGGUGGACUUUCUGAGAAUAAGGUGGGGGGACGAUUAAAUGACUUUGACGAUAUAAGAUCGAGGCCAAAACAGGGUGGCCAUGACACUAAGCUGUAAUUUCCUAUGUUUGACUGCAAUUGAAAUUGAAUAAAGCAUUCUCAAAUUGUCAUUCAUACUCCUGGGCUAAAACAAAGAUGCCAGAAAGUGAUUUUGUUGAAAUUUCAUACCUCUGACUGAAUUAAAUUUGUAAACAAAAUUACCUAAAUGACUUAAACAGCAUUUGAAAAGAAACUAGUUUUUGUACAGCAACAUAUCAUGAGCUAUCAAAUGUUUGAAAUAGGUGAAAAAUAAUAAUUUCAACCCCUGUUAAUUUAUAAACAUGUAUUUGGAAAAAAUGCAUGAAUUGGAAAAAAAAUCGCGUUACUGUUGUGUUUGUUCAGCGCAAAAUAAGCUGUGGUAUUAAAUCACUUCAUGUGCUUGUCCAAUUCUUUAGAACUUGUUCAUUUUCAUAUUAAUUGUUCUUUAUUUUGUUUGGAAAGAAAAAUCAAAAUUAUUUUUAUCUUGGUUAAUAACAACCUAUGAACUCUGAAUAUACCAACAAUUUUAGUAAAUAACGAAAAAAAACUGCAACGGAUACCUAAAAAAACUGAAAUAAUAUUUGCAAUAACUAUGAGUCAUAUUUUAAUAUAUGUAAUAUGAGUUGAUUUCAAAUGUAUAGAAAUAUUGUAUAGUUAUUCAACAUUUGAUUUUCCAUAGUAGCUAAUAUUUACAUCUCGUAUAUUUUACAUAAAAGUUAUUAUCACGAAUAUUGCAUAGCAAAAUCUUAUAAAUUGGUGUUUUAAUACAUAUACAUGAAAUAAAAUUGUUUAUAUUUA